AUAAUCCGUGUUCAGAGAGGAAUUUCAGCAGAAAACAGCUGGCAGAUUGUGAGGCGAUACAGUGACUUCGACUUGCUGAAUAACAGCUUGCAGAUCUCAUCUCUCAGUCUACCUCUUCCGCCAAAAAAAUUGAUUGGAAACAUGGAGCGUGAGUUCAUCGCUGAAAGACAGAAGGGACUCCAGGCCUAUCUCGAUGUGAUUACUACCCAUCACAUUCUGUCCAACUGUGAACUGGUGAAAAAAUUCUUGGAUCCCAACAGCUAUUCUGUAAACUACACAGAAAUUGCCUUACAGCACGUUUCCAUGUUACCAAAGUGGGAAGUGGUAGAACCGUUAAAAGAUAUAGGUUGGCGAAUACGUAAGAAAUACUUCCUAAUGAAGAUUAAGAAUCAACCAAAGGAACGGCUGAUGUUAAGCUGGGCUGAUCUUGGCCCUGAUAAAUACUUGUCUGACAAGGACUUACAGUAUGCUGUGAAACUUCUUUCUUCCUGUUCUCAUCCCUAUAUUUACAGAAUCACUUUUGCCACUGCCAAUGAAUCUUCAGCGCUGGUUAUUAGACCAUUCAGUGAAAAAGGGACACUAAAGGACCUUAUUUAUAAGGCAAAGCCAAAAGACCCAUUCCUGAAGAAGUAUUGCAACCCUAAAAAAAUUCAAGGUCUUGAACUUCAGCAAAUAAAAACAUAUGGAAGGCAAAUAUUAGAGGUGUUAAAAUUCUUGCAUGAGAAAGGGUUUCCUUACGGCCACCUUCACUCUGCCAAUGUGAUGUUGGAUGGGGACACCUGCAAGUUACUGGAUCUAGAAAAUUCCUUGUUGGGACUUCCAUCAUUUUAUCGAUCAUACUUUUCACAGUUUCGGAAAAUUAACACUUUAGAAGGCGUUGAUGUACAUUGCUUUGGACACCUACUGUAUGAGAUGACAUAUGGAAGACCCCCAGAUACAAUUCCGGUAGACAGCUUCCCUCCUGCGCCGUCAGUGUUUGUUGUGUCUGUGUUGGAAUCCAUUCUGACCUGUGAAGCUAUGAAGAAUGGCAUGCCAACUGUUUCGCGGCUCUUACAGAUGCCAUUAUUCAGUGACGUCCUGCUAACCAACUCCGAGAAACCACAGUUUAAGAUUCCUACAAAGCUAAAAGACGCACUGAAAACCUCCAAGGAAUGCAUAGAAAAACGAUUAACAGAAGAACAGAAAUUGAUUCACCAGCACAGAAGGCUGACCAGAGCUCAGUCUCAUCAUGGCUCUGAGGAAGAAAAGAAGAAAAGGAAGAUCUUAGCACGAAAGAAGUCCAAACGCUCUGCCUAUGAAAGUGGGGAAGAUCAGACAGCAAAAUACAGCAACUCCAAUAACUCAGCAGGCUCUGGGGCGAGUUCCCCGUUAACAUCUCCAUCAUCCCCCACUCCGCCCUCUACAGCAGAGCAUGCAUCAUUUUGAACGUGAAUUUUCGGAAAAGUAAGCUAAUGCUGAUUUAUCUCUUUAAAGAUGCUUUGUUUCUGUAUGGGAAGGUUGAAUGCACAUCUUGAACUCGCUUAGUAUUGGGAGGGAAUAGAAGAAAAAGAUCAGAACAUUCUUAUGGAUUAUUUUAAUGAAAUACAGCAUCUUUAAAAACUAUCACUAAAAUGACUUUGUUUGCAUCCCAUUCUC